AUUUUUUAUAUUAUUUAAAUUAUUAAUUUGCAUAAUAUUUGAAACAACAUGGACAUAGUAAAGCGUGCAUUUUUACGCGCGUGCAUAAAUCACAGCUGCCUUGAUCAUGAUUUAAUUGAUCAAAUAUUGUCUCCGCUCUGUGAGCAUCAUCAAGUAACAAAGCCGGCAAAUAAAGAAAAACUGCACAAAUUUGUUGCCGAAAUUGAAGAAAGUAUAAAGGAUUUAAGUCAGACGCUUAUUUUUAUGACGCAUCCAAUAACCGGCAAGGAGUAUUUGGUAUUUGCCAUCAUUGACGCCACACCGGAUCAACAUAAUCAUCCUGGAUUGACGGCCGAGGAAUGCCAAUACUUUUCCAUGGUUCUAGAUAAAUUGGGACACGAGGAGGACUGCCACAUCGCAUGGAAUGAAGCAUAUGCUGAAUUAAACUUUAAAGGCUCCGUUAAAGCACCCAAAAAGGUGCGCAUGCAGGAGCUCAUCGAAAUGUGGACCGAGAUGGGAUACUUCCUGGAGGCGGACGAUAGACUUUACCUUGGUCCGCGCAGCAUCAUUGAGUUCGAGUUCUAUUUGCGCUCCAACUACCCGGACACGAUCAAGGAAUGUCAACUGUGCAAGCAACUGGUCCUGUGGGAUAUCAAGUGCUCCGACUGCAACAGGAAAAUCCACCGGGAAUGCAUUCGAAAAUAUUUGCGAACGCGCUCCAAUUGUCCAACAUGCGGCAAGAAAUGGUGCACACGACUUAGUCAAUAAAAAUACACUGUAAUUAUGCAACUGUUGUGAUUGUCAAUGCUUCAAUAUACAUACAUUAGUAGCGAAAAGCCAAUUUUCUAUUAUUAAUCAAAUUAGAAAUUACUAAGUAAACCACAUGUAUUAUCUGUUACAUUUAGCAAAGGAAAUUACAAUGUUUAAAUUCUAUUAAGUACAUAUUGAUUUUGCUUCGCUUAAAAAAAAGCAGAAAUUGUAUAGAAAUUACAAUUUUCCAUAUAACCAGGCAAAAUGAACCAAAAUAAAUUGUAACAAUCACAUGCA